UUUAAAAAUGUCACAGUAGUGACAUUUUAGUUUUAGCAUUAAUGUUCACUUAGUGUAGUUGUAGUUUUGCGCCUAUUUUUUUUACAUUUUUUUCUAAUUUUUUUGGAUACCGGUGAGCACAAUGUGGCCUUCUGUAACCCAUCCGGAAAAAUCCAUCGGAGAUUACACAAUUUCUAAACAACAAGUGCAACCCGAAAAAUAUUGGCCCCUUCUCAUAGGUCCUGACAUAACACUUCGUCGUUUUCGCAGCAAAUUGUUACAACGUGAACAACAAUUGGAAAACAAGAGACAAAAAUACCUAGAAUAUAGGGUCGAAUUAGAUGCAAAAUGGGCCGAAAUAGAAGCCGAAGGAAAAAUGUUGCGAUCGAAUUUUAACGCCUUUAAUAACUUCCUUAUAAUCAAUGCUGAAAAGAGAAAACGAACCAUUGAAACUAUUGCCGAUCUUAAACAAAAUAUAGUGAAAAGAGAGAACGACAUUGAAGAACUACAUUCGAAAAUCGAGUUUAUGAAAGCUUCAAAAGUGGAAUUGGAACGUGAAAUUUCCUCACAUUUAAUUUUCGAAAAAUACUUGAAUAGUUUCUUGGAUAUUUGUCACCAAAAAGACGGUCUCAGGAGUCCACACAACAUCCUCGAACGUUAUGAGUAUUUCACAGAAAUUAACAAACAUCUAGCUGAGAGACAACAAGAACUCUUCAUUAAAUUACAAACUUCCAAACUUGAACUUAGUCGCUUUCGCGAAGUGAACGAAACUAUUUUGCUUGGUCUUCACACCCAAGCAGCAGGUCUUCAAGGGCGUUUUGAAGAAGCAGUAAGAAAGUCGCGACAACUUGAAACUUUAAUUGCAACAAUCAAACAACGAGCCCGUGAUAUUUACAAGGAUAUGUCUUUUACCAAAAAAGCCGUCUGGAAUUUGUAUUUGUUGAUGUGCAAGAAGAAGGGACUUCCUAUCAGACUUCGCAAAUACGAGGUGGAACAACAAUUGAUUUUUAUCAGUAAAACGCUGAAACAAUUCGAGAAGCUUAUUGAAUGGUACAAGAUGCAACAAAAAAUGUCGGUCAGGCUGCGAAAUAUCAAACGGUUAACCAAAAAAUAGUAAUAAAUCAACAGUGCA